AUGGCAGAUAACAAUGAGAUUCCACCACCCGUGGUGAGGUUUGGCGACACUCUGAGAUCGGGAAUUGAGUACCCAGGGGAGUGUGCCUACGCAAAUGACAACGUCAACAUUCCACCUCACUACAUCAGUUUGGUGAAUGGAGGAAAUCUUUUUCAUGGACGGGAUGAUGAAGAUCCGGUGAGCCAUUUGAAUGCCUUCUACGAGCUGACAAAUUCUCAUAGACCUCCAAAUGUGGAGCAUCAUCGGAUUAAGAGGGCCUUAUUUCCAUUCUCAUUGAGGGAGAAGAAGUAUGAUGAGUCCUUCGCGGAGGCAUGGAAGAGAUUCACGGAGUUGAUAAGGAAAUGCCCAAGUCACGGACUAGCUCCGGGGCAUGACCUUUUGAAAUUCUACAAGGGACUCAACAGUGAAGGCACGGGAUUGGUGACUGCAGGUUCGAAUGGGAACCUAGAUGAUCUAACUCACGAUGAGGUGAGGGCUUUGUUUCAAAGGCUGGCCAACAAUCAACGGAAUUGGCACAAUCCAAGGCGAGGGGCUGAUAGAGCAGGAGAUACAUUUGGUGCUACAAAGGAUGCGGAAAGAGUGACCGCAAUUGAGGCUCAACUGGCGGACAUUAGCACUCAAAUGUCGUCGAUGACAAAGGCAGUUAAAUCUCUUCAACUGACUCCUCAACCCCAAGCUGUGACGGUGAUGAGAUGCGGGUUGUGCCAAGGCGGGCAUCAUACUGAUCAGUGCCCAAGUCUUCAAGGACCUCCCGUGGAGGAUGUGAACUAUAUUGGCAACAAUCGCCAAGGGUUCAAUCAAGGCAACCAAUAUAACAAUCAGCAAAAUUGGAGGCCUCAACAAACGGGAUGGAAUCAAGCUGGUCCUAGCAACAACUCGGGUAAUCAAUGGAGGAACAAUACUCAACCCCCGGGUUAUGAGAAGAAGCCAUCAGUCGAAGAUCAGUUGGGACAGAUUCUCUCUUUUAUGAAUAAGAGUCAAAAGGAGAAUGAGAAUUUCAAGGAAAGAACAGUGGAAAAGUUUGGACAGAUGGAGGCGACAAUGAGGAAUCUCGAGACUCAGAUUGGACAGCUUGCCACGGCAUCACACACGAGGAUUCCUAACACCAUCCCGAGUAAUACUGUACCUAAUCCUAGAGGCAAUGAACAGUGUAAGGCAGUGACUUUGAGAAGUGGUCGCGAGUUGGAUUCGACACCAUUAAUGGAAGGCUAA